AUGCUGGACUACACUACAGCCAGACUGCUGCACUACAGCCAGACUGCUGCACUACAGCCAGACUGCUGCACUACAGCCAGACUGCUGCACUACAGCCAGACUGCUGCACUACAGCCAGACUGCUGCACUACAGCCAGACUGCUACACUACAGCCAGACUGCUGCACUACAGCCAGACUGCUGCACUACAGCCAGACUGCUACACUACAGCCAGACUGCUGCACUACAGCCAGACUGCUGCACUACAGCCAGACUGCUGCACUACAGCCAGACUGCUGCACUACAGCCAGACUGCUGCACUACAGCCAGACUGCUACACUACAGCCAGACUGCUGCACUACAGCCAGACUGCUGCACUACAGCCAGACUGCUGCACUACAGCCAGACUGCUGCACUACAGCCAGACUGCUGCACUACAGCCACACUGCUGCACUACAGCCAGACUGCUGCACUACAGCCAGACUGCUGCACUACAGCCAGACUGCUGCACUACAGCCAGACUGCUACACUACAGCCAGACUGCUGCACUACAGCCAGACUGCUCCAGCCAGACUGCUCCAGCCAGACUGCUCCAGCCAGACAGAUAAAGGACUGGUAA